GCAGAGAAUGGGGAAUGGGAAAUCAUCCACCGCCCGGCCCGCAAGAACAUCCACCCCGACAACCCCCCCGAGAGCAGCGAGCACCAGGAUAUCACCUUCUACCUCAUCAUCAAGCGCAAGCCGCUCUUCUAUGUCAUCAACAUCAUCACGCCCUGCAUCCUCAUCACCUUCAUGGCCAUCUUUGUCUUCUACCUACCCGCCGACAGUGGUGAGAAGAUGACCCUGGUAAUCUCAGUGCUCCUGGCCCAGUCCGUCUUCCUUCUGCUCAUCUCCCAGCGCCUGCCCGCCACCUCCCAUGCCAUCCCCCUCAUCGGCAAGUGAGUCCUCUUCUUCAUGGUGCUGGUGACAGCUGUGGUGAUAAUCUGUGUCGUGGUCCUCAACUUCCAUUUCCGCACCCCCAGCACCCAUAUCAUGUCCGACUGGGUCAAAGAGGUGAGUGGGGUGCUGGGCUGGGGUGGCCCGCCCGACUACACCGCCAAGGCGGAGGAUUACUUCAGCGUCAAGUCCCGCAGCGAGCUCAUGUUCGAGAAGCAGUCGGAGCGGCACGGGCUGGCCAGCCGUGUCACCCCUGCCCGUUUGGCGCCCGCAGACACGUGCGAGGAGCAGCUCUAUGAGCAUGUAAAACCCGUUGUUGAUGGUGCCAACUUCAUCGUCAAGCACAUGCGGGAGAAAAACAGCUACNCCCAGGAGAAGGAUAACUGGAACCGCGUGGCCCGGACCCUGGACCGCCUCUGCCUCUUCCUCAUCACCCCCACGCUGGUGGUGGGCACCCUCUGGAUCUUCCUCAUGGGCAUCUACAACCACCCUCCGCCGCUGCCCUUCGCCGGAGACCCCUACGACUACCGGGAGGAGAACAAGCACUUCAUCUAG